GUGGAGACCGUCACAUGACGCUAACUGGCUGCUGUCAUACUUGUAUAAAUCCACCUCUGUAGAUUUAGUCAGUCCUUUUCCUCCACGCAAGGCUGCUGUUUCUUUGAGUCCAGGCUACAAAGUAGCUUCGACUUCUUCAGUCAUGGCUGACCAGGCUUUUGUGACGUUGGCUACCAAUGACUGCUAUGCUCGGGGAGCCAUGGUUUUGGGCAAGUCUCUCCGCAACCACAAUACGUCCAAGAAGCUGGUGGCACUCAUUGGUCCACAAAUGUCAGAUCCUUGCCAGUCGGCGCUGAAGAGAAUCUAUGAUGAGGUGAGGAUGGUGGAUGUGCUGGACAGUGGUGACACGGCGCACCUGGCCAUGAUGAAGAGGCCUGACCUGGGUGUCACCUUCACCAAACUCCACUGCUGGACUCUCACACAUUACUCCAAAUGUGUUUUCAUGGAUGCGGACACACUGGUGCUUUCAAAUAUAGAUGAGCUGUUUGACAGAGAAGAAUUGUCAGCUGCUCCCGACCCUGGCUGGCCUGACUGCUUCAACUCUGGUGUGUUUGUUUUUCGUCCUUCUAUGGAGACCUAUGGCAAACUGCUUCAGUAUUGUACAGAACACGGCAGCUUUGAUGGAGGAGACCAAGGUGUAUUGAAUGGCUUCUUCGGCGACUGGGCAACAGCUGACAUAUCCAAACACCUCCCCUUCAUCUACAACCUCAGCAGCAUAGCCAUCUACACUUACCUUCCAGCUUUCAAGCAAUAUGGUGGCAAUGCCAAGGUGGUCCAUUUCCUAGGGAAGACCAAGCCAUGGAGUUACACGUUUGACCCCAAAUCCAAACAGAUCACAGGAAGUGUGCACGAGGCCUCCACACAUCCCACCUUCCUCCUGGAGUGGUGGACCCUGUACUCCAGCGCUGUGGUGCCCAUGCUGCAGGAGAUCUAUGGAGACCAGCCUUUCCACUCCGGAUGUGUGGAGUUCCAGUACAGUGACCUGGUCACUUUUGAGAGUGAACAGGAUGGGAGCCUUGAGUCACUUGCACAAGCACUCCAACCCCAGAUGUCCUCAGAAGAACGAAAGGAGAAGUGGGAGCAAGGCCAGGCAGACUACAUGGGAAUGGACUCAUUUGACAAUAUCAAGAGAAAGCUUGAUACUUUUCUCAAAUAAAGAUGCAAUGACGCAAGAUAUCAAAACGGCACAGAUGUUUCUCAACUAACUAGUUUGAGUCUCUCCAUCCACCAGCAUUACACCCUCCAUACUCCAAAGACAGCACAGUUUUAAUGGGAAAUGAAAAGUCAAAUAUUCUGAACGGCUUUAAUUGUCUAUGCAAGGCAUGUCAUUAUUCAGUUUACCCUGCCACAGAUGUCUGCUCUGCUACACUAUGAAGAGAAUCAGGAAAGAUUUAUUAUAGGACAAAUUCCCUUUUUUUUUUUUUUUUUUAUUUCAUUUUUUUUUUUUGAAGGUGCUUGCAAUAUAAAUUUUGCAAUAUUCUUCUUUUCCAUGUCAAUUCUUUUCUUUCUUUUUUUUGUGAAAGGAUGGCAUCAAGGGUGGAACUGGGUCUUUUGUAUCUUUGUCUAAGAUUGGCAGUCAGUAACAUGAACAUUCUUCAUUUUAUUUUUUACAUGAGUCAUCUAGCUGUCUUCUGAGUAUUAUAUGCUUUUCUCAAUUUAUUUCUCAUGCUUUGAAAUUAAAACUGCUGGUCAUUUAGCCAUACACUAGAUAAUUUGUGCCUUAGUGUCUUACUCUCUAUUGUCAUCAUCCUAUCUGUUCUUGACUAGCAGCUUUUCUGUAGGACAUUAGGUUUUCUUUUGUUAAGGAUGUUUGCUGAACCACAAUCUUUCAUCUGGAAAUAUUAAACCUCAUUAAAAGUUUGGGAUUUG